AUUUAUUUUUAUUUUGAAAAAUAGAAAAAAAGAAAGAAAAACAUUGAUCAUCAUACAAUGGUAUGUUUGAGAUGGCACGUAUACAAGAGCUUUCAAACGGACGCCAAAGCUACGCAAGGCCUAAAUGUACUGGAUCGAGUACAAGGAACGCCUGCCUUGAUUUGCCAUAUUUAGAUGUGAAAAAUGUUCGACUUCUUUCGUUGCAAUCCUCUUAUGAAAUUCACGCAUACUACAAUGACGAAAUACUUUAUUCUGACAAAUUGAUAUUUCAACAUAAAUAAUUACCAAAUUUGUUUAUCAAAAUGUCGACAAAGGACGAGAUAAUUCAGCUGGCUUCACUCAAAGGGGGCGAAAAGAAGACGAUUCCAGAGCGCUACAUGUUCGGUAGCUGUCGGCCAGUUGCAGAGUUUGAAAAACUCAAUCGAAUAGGUGAAGGGACCUAUGGUAUUGUGUAUCGUGCGAAGGAUACAAAAUCAGGGAAAAUUGUCGCGUUAAAAAAAGUUCGUAUGGAACAAGAGCGGGACGGUAUUCCUAUCAGCGGGUUGAGGGAGAUUACUCUUUUGUUGAACCUCAGACAUGAAAAUAUCGUACAGCUUCUUGAAGUGGUUGUAGGAAAGCACCUCGAUAGUUUGUUUUUGUCGAUGGAGUAUUGUGAACAGGAUAUAGCAAGUCUUCUAGACAACAUGUCCUGUCCAUUCUCUGAGGCACAGAUAAAAUGUCUUAUGAUUCAACUCCUUGAAGGGACAAAAUAUCUUCAUGAACAUUUUAUUGUGCACAGAGAUCUCAAAGUAUCCAACCUUCUACUGACAGGGAAAGGUGUACUAAAGAUAGCUGACUUUGGAUUAGCCCGAACAUUUGGUUACCCUUACAAGCCCAUGACACCUGUAGUGGUCACCCUGUGGUAUCGGUCACCAGAGCUACUCCUGGGAGCAAAAGUCCACACCACUGCUGUUGACAUGUGGGCUGUCGGCUGCAUCUUUGGAGAGUUGCUAGGCAACAAGCCUCUCCUUGCAGGCAAAUCUGAAAUCAACCAGCUACAACUAAUAGUGGACCUUCUAGGAACUCCUAAUGAUCAUAUAUGGCCUGGGUACUCAAGUUUACCAGGGGUGAAGAGUAUAUCCCUAAAACACCAGCCUUAUAAUAAUCUAAAGCAUAAGUUCUCAUGGGUUAGCCAAGCUGGGCUGUCGUUACUCAACUACAUGUUGAUGUACGAUCCAUGUAAACGUGCAACUGCAGCAGAGAGCCUACAGAGUUCUUACUUUGUGGAAAAGCCCCUCCCAGUCGAUGCAGACAUGAUGCCUACAUUCCCUGAGCAUAGAAAUUUCAAGAACAGAUCACCCACUGAGGGAGUGGAGAAAAAAGACAAAGCACAUUCAAGAGGCAGAAUUAGCAGAGACUUGUUUGGCCCUGAUCUGCAGAGAACUGCUAAGAAGCGUAAAGUCUAGUUGCAUAGAAGUAAUAGUUCCCAAAGGGCUGGGGUAACUGCCUUUCCUGCACUGGUUCUGUAUACUGUAUAUAUGCACAGAAUUGUCCCGUUCAUUGUAUAUUUUUUUAAAUUAAAAGUAAAUGUAUCUAAUUGUGAUUCUGUUUGAAUUACAGCUAUCUUACUUGGCUACAACAAAUAGGGGACUUCUGCCAGAAAUCUAUGUAACACAGGAAUUUGGUUUGCCAACAUGGUUUUUCGAAAUUAGUUUACUUGAAUUUAUGAAAGUAGCAUUGUUGGAAAAAGAAAAACAGAUUUAAAUCCCCGUAGAUGCACUCUAUGGGCUUUGAGGCCCCUCAUAAAUGCUUUGCAUGCUCUGAGAUGAAUUGUUUCUAGAACUAGUAACGCAUGCUAAAAAAGUUCUAAAAUAAGUAAAUUAGGAGGAUUCUGUCUUUAUAGAGCGUCCAUAAUCUCAACAUUUUCCAUAGGAGAAUGAAACCCCCUUCACCAAGAUAUCAAACCAAUGAUGGAUCCCUCCUAUGUCUAGCCACGAAGUUGCAAUUGAAUUGUUACUAAAGCUAGUAGUUGCCUUUGGUUACCUUGCCAUUCAGAAACUAACUCUUUAUUGUUUUAAACCAAUCGGUGCGCGUUCUUCAGUUGGGCGUUUCGCUCAUUUUUCUUGUUAGCGAUGGAUGAAUAGAAUGCUAGUGCUUUUGGCUCACUUUAGAUUUUUCCUCAAAUAGACAAAGACGUAAAAGUUAACAGAGCCUUGAGAAGCUAUGAAAAGUGUGGUGAAGUUGAGCUUGGGUCUGCUCCUGCUCGGAGGCGUUUUCUAUGGCACUGAAGUCGAGGUGGGUGCCAAAACCACGACUAAGGAAACUUGUGUGGUGGUGCACAACUACUACGGAGCAAGUCAUGAGAACUCCAUUACCGCUCUGUUGAGCUCAAUCCAA